CUCGCCGCCCCGUACGCUCGCAGCAUAUCGUGCCCGCAAAUCGAUAUUGGCGCGACUGGAUGCGGACCUUACGUGGCGCUGGGGGCUCAACCAGCUCAGUUGAUUUAGGCAACAGAUACUUAGCCCGAGCUUUGUAUGAUUGUUUAACUUAGAU